GGCGGCUGCCCCGAUGAGGCAGGCAGGCAGCGGCUGGCAGACAAAGGGAGCUGAGAGGCGGCGUGGAUCUUUUCUUCGACACACACACACUCUCUGACACACUCCUUCACACACUCCCCCUGCGCGCGCUCCCUUCACUGGUGCAAGCAGCCACGCAGAUUCCGGAGCUGUUCCCCACCCCCUCUCCACUCAUCCGUCACAAGCAUCACCAGUCAGUCAUCAUGGAGCUUGACUUCGGGCACUUUGACGAGCGAGACAAGGCGUCCCGUACAGCACGGGGCGGCCGCCUGAACGGACUCCCCAGCCCGACCCACAGCGCCCACUGCAGCUUCUACCGUACACGCACCCUGCAAGCCCUGUCCAACGAGAAGAAGGCUAAAAAGGUGCGCUUCUACCGCAAUGGCGACCGCUACUUUAAGGGCAUCGUGUACGCUGUGGCCAAUGACCGGUUUCGCACCUUCGACUCUCUGCUGGCCGACCUGACUCGCUCGCUGUCCGACCACAUCAACCUGCCUCAGGGCGUCCGAUUCAUCUUCUCCAUUGAUGGCACAAACAGGGUCUCAGCCCUUGAUGAACUUGAGGAGGGGGAGAGCUAUGUUUGUGCUUCGGAAAACCUCUUCAAGAAGGUGGACUACACAAAGAACGUCAACCCCAACUGGUCGGUGAACGUGAAGGCCUCGGCCAGCCAGAGGAACAUUCAGUCAUUGAGUGCUAAAGCCGGCAGCGAGUCCCGAGAGUGCAAGGACUUUGUUCGACCCAAACUGGUGACGGUGAUGCGCAGCGGCGUCAAGCCACGCAAGGCUGUGCGCGUCCUGCUCAACAAGAAGACUGCGCACUCCUUCGAACAGGUGCUCACUGACAUCACAGAGGCCAUUAAGCUGGAAAGCGGAGCAGUUAAAAAGAUCUACACGCUGGAUGGGAAGCAGGUUACUUGCCUUCAAGAUUUCUUUGGAGAAGAUGACGUCUUCAUCGCAUGUGGACCUGAGAAAUUCCGCUAUGCACAAGAUGACUUCUCUCUGGAUGAGAACGAGUGCAGAGUGAUGAAGACUCCCAACAAAGUACUGCGUGGUUCAAUCAAGAGUCCUUUAUCCUUUCAACGCUGCAAGUCUCCUGCUGAAUCAACCAAUGGGACGGGCUCCAGCAGCCAGAUUUCCACCCCCGUCUCCAAACACUCCCCCACCUCCACUCCAACCAGUCCUGGGCUCAAUGACAAACAAAAGGAUCUGUACCUGCCCUUAUCACUGGAUGAUGACGAUUCUGUCGGGGAGUCUAUGUAGACUCUCCUCCUGUCUGGCUUUCCACAUCCUCUAAGAGCGCCAUCUUGCGGUUGAGGCAAUGCACUGAUGCCCUUUGCUGCUUGAAAACACAAAACAUUGUAUUUCCUUCCUUUUUUUUAAUCACCAAAACAUUCAUCACAAAGAUUUCGCACUGUUUAAAAAAACCCCCCCCAAAAAACGAAAAAAAAAAAAAAAAAAUCACUUUAAUUAUUGGACACACUCUUUUUACACUACACGAUUCCAAGCAGCAAAUGGGUGAUUUUAAGUGGCAAAUCUGUAAGCUCUUUUUUAUGACUUUGUAUGUCUUGCCCUAGGUGCAUCCUUCCUAACUUUGCUGUAAAUACUGUGUACAGUUCUCAUAUCCUCCUGGUUUUCCGCUCGCCAUUGCUGUGCUUCCAUAACACUGUUGUCUGAUGGGGGGACAAAGUGUGGAAAAGGCAACUCCUAGAUCGAAUAUGGUGAUAAAGAUUCUCUUUAUUGGCUCCAAACAGUAAGUAGCAGGCUAUAUAUGGUUAGUGUUGUGCAUGAGACAUCAUUUUAAGGCUUUAGGUGCAUCAGAAAAGCUGAUUUGAAGGACCUAACGGUGCAUAAGAAUGACCAAAGUUCAACUCUUUAUUGGGCCAAUCAGUACACAGCAGUUUUUUUCAAAUUAACAAAUCAUAGAUGAAUACAUGAUAAAGGUUGCAAAGCCAAAGUGUUGCAGGAUUUAUAAAAAGGGGAUUUAUUUGAAAAUAUUCCAUAGGAGGGAGGAUUACUUGAUGCAUGUUCUGUUUUAUGACUCGCCUGGCUUUUAAUAUUUUAUAAAGUUUAAUUUAUAUUUAAGUGUAUUUUUGAUUUUUUUUCUACUCUUUCCAAUGUUUCGUGUGCAGCUCUUUUUAAAAACACAUUAAAGUGAAUGUUGGGUUUUCCCCCCAAAAUA